ACUGCACAUAGAGAGAAGCACAUGGUUGCUGGUAGGCUGGCUAGAUUGAGCCAUCCAGUGGCAGACAAUAGCUUUGUCCAAACUUUGCACAGGUCAAUGUUUUGCUGAACCGAGAGAGCAGACAGGACUGUGAGUUUUGGAUGGUUCCGUGGUCCUGCUAGGUCGCAGCCAGGUGGAAGAAGAGUCGACUCCGGGCCAGGAGUAUGGCAACGUCUUUUGCCGAUCUUCGCGUCCCACCUGAGAUUCCCCCUCGCUCCACCUCGGCAGCUUUGGACCCUCAGCCCACAACAGCCACGGAGGAGGAAGACCUCAAAGCUCCGGAAGUUGUGGAUGAAAGUGGAAAACGCCUCAGGGAAGUGCUGCCUCCCCCUCGGUCGUCCUGGCGCCGCUCCUGCCCCACAAAACGACUCGUCCUGGUCCUGAUGGCAUUCUGCGGCAUCCUGACCCUCUCAGUGGCUCUCCUUGGCAUCCAGAGAGCCCAGUUCAACAAAGACCAAGGGGCUGCGUGGGAGGCCCUCAGAAGCUUUAACCGGACAGUCUCAGUGGAGCUGAGGAACCUCCAGCACAAGAGGAACAGCACAGGGUGGAAACUGGCAGCGCUGGAGAAAACGAUGAAUGACGAGGUUGAGAAGAUGGAGAAAGCCAAGAAGCGCAUCCAAUCCCAGCUGGAUUCUUUACAGCAGGAUGCAAGAACAUUCCACUGUGGGCUGAUGGAGAUGAAAAGCAAUGGCAGCAAAACUGGCUGUUGCCCUAAAGGUUGGCAGAGUUUUGAGGAGAGCUGCUAUUGGAUGUCCAGUACACCAGCCUCGUGGAAUCUGGCAAAACUUGACUGUGAAAAGAAAAAUGCCCACCUGGUGAUCAUCAACUCGCCCAAUGAAAGUAGUUUCGUGAAUCAGCGCAAGCGGUCAAAUUACCUGUGGAUUGGCCUAACUGAUGUCAGUGGGAACUGGAAGUGGGUGGACGGGUCCUCGUACAGCCUUCAGCCAGAGGACUGGAAUGAAGGGCAGCCGGACCACUGGUACGGCCAUGGUCUGGGGGGAGGGGAAGACUGUGUCCACAUGCUCCCCAGUGGUCUGUGGAAUGACAACCACUGUUCCCGCCUUUACACAUGGAUGUGCGAGUUGGAGCUAAGGCUGUAGAGGAAAAAAGAAGACACCCCACCACCACCACCACCACAGCCCUCUGGAUUCUAUGGGGAGUUCCACGCAGCUGAUUUUCUGGUCGUAUUUUUACAACCCUGCAAUGAACUCCUUUGUUUCCUUUAAGUCUUUCCUCAAAACCCAUAAUCUCUGGAAGCAACUUUUCUAACUAAGCCAACGUUUGUGUCAUUGAAGUAAUUGCAUAUUCUUCCUUUUCCUGCCUAUGCUUCUGUCCCUGUCCAACCCUCCUCUAUUAGUUUCCCUCUGUUUUAGAUUGCAAACCCUCUGGGGCAAGGAUUUGUCAUAUCUAUUAUUUCUAAUACGCCAGAUAAGCUGAUGGUACUAUAUCAAUCAAUGAGUUAUCGACAAUCGGCCAAGAACCGAUUGCCAUUGGCUGUCCGUAUUUCCUUAUCAGUCAUUGGCUGAGUGGCUGGGCUAUGUCAUGGAAUGUUCACAAGCAUUCCAACAGAAUGUGCACAUAAGUCACCACAUUCCUAUGCAGACAGUGUUAGACAGACCUAAGUUCGAAAGCCAUCUCUGGCAUAGACUCAGAGGGACACCUCAGACAAACCACUCUUUCGCUCAGCUUCAUUUCAUCCAAUACAUAAAAUGAAACGCUUGCUUGUUGUAAGGACUGGAUUAGGAUAAAUGAGAUGAGGCAGGAGUGAGACUCCAGCCUUAUGUGCAGAGGUCUGCAAGUUAUGAAUCUAAAUAAAUCUGUGGUUAUCAAGUUAAUCAACUGUGUCUUUUAAAAAAAAUAAAGCAUGAUUAUUAUUUUUUAAAAAUAAA